AUCCGAAUCCCCGCUUUCCGCGUCUAACUCUCUGUGUUUUCUUUUCUACUUUUCUUAGCGCACACCCCAAACCGCCUUUUCUCCAAAGUCUCCGUCCGUCCUCUAUCCCUCCUUAUCUCUCUCUCUACACUCUCUCUUCUAGGGUUAGGGUUUCUCAGUCGUGUCAACUUUGAAAACCAGGAGAAAACGAAGGGAAAACAAUGGUCCCAGCACCAACUUAUCCGCCCUCCAACCGCCCCAAUCUCUAUCUGCAGCAGCGGUCUGCUUCAACCGUGGCUUGAUUUCCUCUCCAUCUUCUCUUUUCCAGGGCUUGGAGCUUGGGAAUGGAAAUGUACAAUGUUUCUGGAAAUGCAAACACGGAAACAUAUUUGAUUCAGCAAUCUGGAUUUGACCCUGUAUUGACGUCUCCGGUGUUUGAACAAUUUGAAGCCAUGUACAACGAAGGAGCCCCUGAAUAUGUUCAUCAAGGAAUGUACUAUCCUACCGCCAGCAACUACAGUUGGUACUGUACAGGAUUUGAAGCACCUGGCGAAUGGGAGGACCCCCACAUGAUUUUUGGCGUUGAUGGUCCUGAAGUUCAGUAUGCGGGUGCACAAACUGAAAAUUUACCUUAUGUAUGUUAUACACCUAGCUAUGGAUAUGCACAGUCACCAUACAACCCAUACAAUCCUUACAUACCUGGUGCCAUGAUGGGAGUGGAUGGCUCCUAUGUAGGCUAUACCAUGCCUCAAUAUCAGGACUCUCUUUCUUCCGCUGGUUACGUCCCUGUUCUUGUUCAAGCCGACGUUUCUUCGAGCAAUUUGGUGGAUCCCCUUCCUGAUGCUGGGGUUGUAUAUGCUAAUAGUGGACAAGGUGGAAGAAGGCAUGGAUCAUCUUCUGCAUCCUUCUCUAGGAAUCCUUCUAAAUCAUUUGGUAAUCAGACUAACUCAUUGGCAAGACCAGCUUCUGAGGGACCUAGAUCUAACAAUGGAAGUAGCAAGUAUUCUUUGGUGCAUGAUAAUGUUUCUUCUGGUAGCUAUCAGACAGCGGCAACACGUGUGCUUCAGAGCAGGAAUGCAUCUGGACCAAUGCAGCCAAUUGAUAGCACAACUAAGGUAAAAUAUUUACCUCAACGGAACCAGCUGAAACAUGCUCCCCCUGUCAACAAUGGCCUCUCUGAGUUCGGAGCAAAUUCUCAUGGAAGAACCUACAUGGAUAAGAAUCGAUCAAAUGUCCAUGCUGGCAGAACCCUCAAUGAUGCAGAUGGGGGCCAUGAUGCACUGGGUGAGCAGAAUCGUGGACCUAGAACAACCAAGUCAAAAACUCAGUUAGCUGUCAAAGCGUACACGGCCAAAGUAGGUGAUUCUAAUGCAGAGGGGAAUAUCAUAAUUUCUACAGAUCAAUACAACAGGGAUGAUUUCCAAGUUGACUACACUUGUGCAAAGUUCUUUGUGAUUAAGUCAUAUAGCGAGGAUGAUGUUCACAAGAGCAUCAAAUACAACGUUUGGUCAUCAACUCCUCAUGGGAACAAAAAGCUGCAGAGUGCCUAUGAAGAUGCACAGAAGAUGGCUGCAGAGAAAGCUAGUAGUUGUCCCAUCUUUCUUUUCUUUUCGGUUAAUGCAAGUGGACAGUUUUGUGGUGUUGCUGAGAUGAUUGGUCCAGUUAACUUCAGAAAGGAUAUGGAUUUUUGGCAGCAAGAUAAAUGGUCUGGUAGUUUCCCUGUGAAGUGGCACAUGAUUAAAGAUGUACAAAAUGGGAGCUUUAGACACAUAAUCUUGGAGAACAAUGAAAAUAAGCCAGUGACUAAUAGUAGAGACACUCAAGAGGUAAUGAUCAAGCAAGGCCUGGAGAUGCUGAAGAUUUUCAAAAGGCAAGUUGUUGAUACUUCGUUACUUGAUGACUUCACCUACUACGAGCACCGGCAGAGAAUCAUGCAAGAAGAGAAAACCCGGUUUACAGUUAAGAGGUUUGGAACUCCAUUCCUGGCAGCUUCAUUGGACCCCACUCUCAAACUCAAUAGUCUACCUGGGAUCUUCCCGAGUAAAUAUGACAAAGCAGCUUCAGAGGAGGCCCGGGCACAAUCUGGUACAGAAAAAAUUGCAGCUAUAUCCGAAUCCACCACCGUCAGAAGUCAUCCGUCCGACCUUGCAGUUGCUGAAGUAGACAAUGGUGCAGUAGCAGCUACUGCUCUGAAGAUUGGCUCCCUCAGUAUAAACCCGAUGAAGCCUCAGUCCAUCGCAAAGCCCGUUCCAACUGUAUCAGCUGCUGGAGGCAAUGCUGCUACUGUUGUUACUGUAGGAACGGUCCCAGUUAAAGUCAAUGGAUUUGCUGCAUCUUCUGGGGUUCUAACUUUUGGCACAAUUCCACCUGAUUCGAGGGCUCUUCAGGGCGGGAAAGGAGGUGAUGUUUCGAAGAAAAAUGCAGUCUAAAGAGCUUGCUGAGGUUUGAUUGAUUUUGGGGUUGGCAGUAACAGUAUUUUGGCGGGGUAAAGGGGUUUUGCAAGUUCUUUUUUUGUCACAGCGGGAUUCAUUGUAUAACUUCAGAGUUACACACUUUACACCAUUCUCGGUUUGGAGGGGGCGCGCCUGAUGAUGUAGCAGUGGGAAGUGGUUCAGGCUGUGGGCGUAUGCUUUGACCGUGGUUAUCAGGCGUUCCGUUGCUUUUGUUUUGUUUACUGUUUCUCAUUUUUCUCUAAUUGUCUUUGGUGGGAGAAUAUCGAUUUUCAUUAUUUUCUCGAUGGUUGUUUUUGCCUUCGCAGAAGCGAUGAAAGUUACUUUGUAAUGUGGUAUCUUUUUCAAUUUUUAUCAUGAAUAUAUGGAAAAGUAAAAAAAAAAAAAAAGGAAAGUAAAAAAGAGAAGAAUUGUAAUGUAUUGUCUCUAGUUCCUCCUUGGUUAAAUUGUUAAUCCGAAUCGUUUUCUUUAGGUUCUACCUUGCCAUGUGAUGAACAGAAUCACGGUUUCUCAGUUAAAUCUUUGCGGAAGAGAAGGAAAAGGGGAAAAUGGUAACAUUUUUCAGGCUCCUCUACACCUCAGGCCUCCGGCGUAAUUCACCCAGAAUCGGCGUAUCUCCUGCCGGUGGGUGAGGAGGUAACACGUCCUGAUACUCCGUCGCCGACUCCGUCUUCCAAUAUCUUCCGGCACUUCGCUGAUUCUUCCUUUCCGAACUAAGAAGAAUCUGGACUUAGGGAGGCUUGGACGCAAGGCUUCCAAAUGGUUUGGUUUGGCCCUUUUGCGCCGGUGGCUGGGGACAGGAAUUGCAGUUCCGCCUCUUUGUUCGUUUGUUUAGAUGAUGAACUGAAGCCAGAGGUUCUGGAUUUCAUCUUCCCUUCUGAUGCCGUCUACUCUCAAGUUGGGGAAAACAACGCAAGCUCGUCAGGAAAGCCAUGCGAGAUCCUUUCUCGCUGUUGUGGGAUUCUCACCUUUGCUUGUUGAUCAGGUGUUUCAGGAAAAUGGUAUGUUUGCUGACAUUUCCGAGUUAACAACUCUCUGAUGACCAAUCCUUCUAAUUUUAGGCGAAGACAAUGUUGAUUUGCUGUUGGAGAUUCUCAUGGAACAUUCUAUGGCUAUAGCUCCCACUCACUCACCAGAUUCGCUUGAGAACUUGCUCGGUAACGAGGAAGAGGGGGACCUUCUGCAUGUUCGACGACAAUGCUGCUACCUAAAGAGACAUUUGAAUCCUUUUGACUCUCCCAAAGGCAGCUGAGCUUGGUAAACUGUGGAGUUCCUCAGCUGCUUGGUGAAAUGCUGCGUGAGUGUUUGGGACAAAUGGGCCUGUGUUUAGUUGGGCUGGGCUUACUCAUUGGUCGCUAGGGGUUCAAAGGCUCCAUACAAGUAUACAAUCCUCCAGCCAUGCCAAAGGCUCACUCACAAGGUAAUACAGCUGGCAUCUGAAUACUGCCGCGGUUGGGCUGGAGGUUGGAAGAAGCAAUUAAAGAAGAGGGUUGGACUCGUCCACCCAAAUGGGCCCACCAGUGUCCAUGGACCCACCAGAGACCAGACCAAACCAGUACUGUUAAUAAUAAGCAGCAAAUCCAAGGGAAGAGAGAAUGGACCAGAUUUAACGCACCCACACCACCAUAGCCAUUAAGCCAGUAAAGAAGAGGAAGGAAGAAGCUGCAUUGUUGCUUCCAUCCCCAUCCCAGCUUGUCAAACUCUAGCAUCUUAUCUUAUUACUCCUAUCACCAACCCACAAACACAAAUCAGUAGCAGGCAGCAGCAGCAGCAGAAGGAGAACAAAAUAAGUUUGUUUAUCCCAUAUUUUGGACGGUUCCGUCUCUGUUUCUUACUGAUUCAUCCGAUGCUAGCAGUGUCGUCUGCUUCAUCCGUACCACUGCCCUGAACUGAGCUGGUGAAGACUCGCUUCAUUUCCACCCAGUUUUGGUUUCUGGGUGGGUUCAUUGUAACUUAUUGGCGGUGAUGGAGGAAAGCUUUGUACCAUUCCGCGGAAUCAAGAACGAUCUCCAGGGAAGAUUGGCUUUCUACAAGAAGGAUUGGACGGGUGGUUUCAGCGCUGGGUUAAGUAUUUUGGCACCAACUACCUACAUAUUCUUCGCCUCUGCAAUCCCGGUGAUUUCCUUUGGGGAACAAUUGGAAAGAGAGACAGAUGGGGCUCUCACGGCAGUGCAGACAUUGGCUUCCACUGCAGUGUGUGGAAUCAUUCACUCCAUCAUAGGAGGUCAGCCAUUGUUGAUCCUUGGAGUCGCAGAGCCCACCGUGAUCAUGUACACUUUCAUGUUCAAUUUCGCCAACAGCAGACCUGAACUGGGAUCAAAGCUCUAUCUAGCUUGGACCAGCUGGGUGUGCGUGUGGACUGCUCUCUUGCUCUUCCUUCUCUCUGUAUUAGGAGCAUGCUCCAUAAUCAACAGGUUUACCCGUCUUGCUGGGGAGUUGUUUGGCCUUCUCAUUGCCAUGCUUUUCAUGCAGCAGGCAAUCAAAGGACUCAUUGAUGAGUUUCGGAUACCGGAAAGAGAAGACCCGAAUGCAGUUGAGUUCCAAUUAUCAUGGAGAUUUGCAAAUGGAAUGUUUGCCAUCGUCCUUUCGUUUGGCCUUCUGCUGACUGCCUUGAAAAGCAGGAAAGCAAGGUCUUGGAGAUAUGGUUCAGGCUGGGUGAGGGGAUUCCUAGCUGAUUAUGGUGUACCAUUAAUGGUCCUGGUAUGGACUGGACUUUCCUACAUACCAACUGGAACUGCUCCGACAGGCAUCCCGAGACGCCUCUUCAGUCCAAACCCGUGGUCAGCUGGUGCCUACAAGAACUGGACUGUGAUAAAGGUAUUACCUACCUAUAGUCUACUCCAUCCAAAGGAAAUGCUCGAUGUCCCGGUUUUAUACAUAAUCGGAGCUUUCAUCCCAGCAACCAUGAUAGCGGUGCUAUAUUACUUUGAUCAUAGUGUGGCAUCUCAGCUAGCUCAGCAGAAGGAGUUCAACUUGAGGAAACCACCAUCUUUCCACUACGACUUGCUUCUUCUUGGUUUCAUGGUCAUCCUGUGUGGUCUCCUCGGAAUCCCUCCAGCUAAUGGAGUCAUCCCUCAAUCUCCAAUGCACACGAGGAGUCUGGCUACUUUAAAACAUCAGUUGCUUCGUAGAAAACUCUUGGCCGCAGCACGCAAGCGCAUGAGUGAGAAUGCAAGCUUGGGGCAAGUUUAUGCAAGCAUGAAAGAGGCUUACCAACAGGCUCAAAGCCCACCGAUCCCCCCGGCCACCAAACAGGGUUUGAAGGAACUGAAAGACUCGACGCUCCAGAUGGCUGCAAGACUGGGAAGCUUCAAUGCCCCAGUUGACACUACAGUCUUCGACAUUGAGAAGGAGAUCGAUAACCUCUUGCCCGUCGAGGUGAAAGAACAACGGCUAAGCAACUUGCUUCAGGCUGUAAUGGUGGGAUUGUGCAUUGGUGCCAUGCCUUUGAUUAAAAAGAUCCCGACUUCAGUGCUUUGGGGGUACUUCGCAUUCAUGGCUAUCGAAAGCUUGCCAGGGAACCAGUUCUGGGAAAGGAUCUUGCUCAUCUUCACUGCUCCUAGCAGGAGAUACAAAGUGCUGGAAGAUUAUCAUGCCACAUUCUUGGAAACCGUCCCGUUCAAGACUAUAAUAAUGUUCACAUUGUUCCAAGCUGGUUACUUGCUAGUGUGCUUUGGUAUCACAUGGAUCCCAAUAGCUGGAGUUCUCUUCCCUUUGAUGAUCAUGCUUCUGGUCCCUGUGAGGCAAUACAUGCUGCCCCAGUUCUUCAAAGGACCACACCUUCAAGAUCUGGACGCUGCGGAGUAUGAAGAGAUUCCAGCAAUGCCAUUCAACUCAACCACUGACAUAGAGAUGUUGAGCAGGAGAGCUUCCUUUGCUGAUGAUGGAGAGAUGUUAGAUGGGAUAUUUACACGAGGCAGAGGCGAGAUAAAACGGGCGUGCAGUGGCCCGAUAUUGGCGUCGGAAGAGUUGAAGACCGUCGAGGGUCCUCAAGUUGCAGAUAGGGGAGGAAGUGUGACUCGUUUCAGAGGGGAUCUGAGCCCUCGCCAAGCGAGUAAAGGACCAUUUACUUCAAAACCUUCGCACUUGGGUAAAACUGGGUAGAAAAGAAGGUGUAGUAGGGUUCACUUCCUACUGACGAAAAACAGAGAAGCGGAGUACAUAGAUAUUAGUGAUGCUGCUGAAGAAUUUUGUAAGGGGCAUAAGAAAAAUGUAAAAUGCUCCUCAUUCUCAUUCAUUUGUUAAAACAACUCAUCUCUAAUGAACACAAUCUUUAAUCCAUGAUCACUGAUUUCACUUGGUAGACUAUAGGUUUUAAGUUCACACCUGUGCUAUGUACUGUAGCUCCAACGAUCAAAUAUGUUAACCACACAGUUGUGCUGGAAGAGCUUGUGCCAGCUUAUAUACAGUUCUCUGUUAGUUGUGGAGUGUAGACGACGCAGGGCUACUGAAUAACGUAUUCCGGGAGUACAAGCGUUUCAGGCGAUACAUAACCUUCUGCACA